CAAGUCUAGGAGAUGGAAGAACAGCCCAAACCCGGCGGGGUUCUGGCCCAAUCCGACCUGAUACGAGCGCUUUGGAUUUUUGAAAAUCAGGGUCGGGUGCAGAUAAGUUAUGAUCGGGGCGGAGGCGGGGUGCCAAUCCCCUACUCGAGUCUCCUCUAAAAUUCUUUCAUGGCUGGCUGGAUCUUACUGCCAGUGACGGCAAGAAAUAGUUUGCCCUGAGGGUUCUUAGAAAAAGAAAAAGGGUUUCUUUCAGACUAUUGCCUGAGCCUUUGUUUUGCCUUCAGUAGAAAAUUGCUAUCAGACCAAUGGCUACAAGCACAGGUCCUCAAGAUCAAAGAAAACGCACUCUAGAAGCAUUAGAGCGAAGGUUCGCCGUUGCGAAAGCGGAGCUUCAUCAACAACAGAAGAACAAAAAGACAUCUGUUGAGGAAGAUGGAAAAGAAACUCUUAGCAUUGAUUCGUCUAUUGCCAAUGCAUCCAUUGCUUCUUCCUCCAAUUCAUCAUCAAAGAAAGGAAAUUUCUCCUUCUCGGGUCCGUCCACUUCACAAGACGUCAAAGAAAAUGGUCAGGCGUAUUCCCGGCUCUUGGAACCUAUACAUCAAAGUUUGCUACCAGCUAAUUCUAAGUUUUCCAACAAUAAGGGAAGUGUGGCUGAUAAGAUUUUGCAUGAGCUUCUUCAAAGUGGGGAUUCAGCACGGAAAUAUAUGCAAGGAUCUAGAAGCAUCAAAAUUGACAAUUGGAUCCUUCUUGAUAAUUACGUACAAGGCCGAGUUAUGUCUACCGGCUCUCACAUCAGGGCUUUGAAGAAACACUCUAAGCGGUCUAGAAAACACAUGUCUAUGAAGCAGCUUAAGAAAUCUGGAGCAUUUGAGUUGCCUCAAGCCAUUCAAAAGUUUGAUACAUUUAAACCAAUGCAUGAAAUGUGGAAAGGCUACAUGGAUCAACUUCUUAAAACUACCGGGAAAAACCAGUUGGCUCAAUGUCUUCUUGGUGCAGAUCUGCAUGGUGCUUUUAUUCUAGUUGCCGAGUGCAAGAUAACUAGUUUCACUGGAGUGAGUGGUAUUAUGAUUCGUGAGACUGCAGAAACAUUUGGUCUAAUUACCCAAGAUGAUCAAUUCCGAGUUGUGCCCAAAAAGGUAUCUGUCUUCAUAUUCCAAGUUGAUUGCUGGAGAAUUAUCUUACAAGGGGACAAACUCACUUCAAGAAACUUGGGCUUGUGAUGUUGAUGUUAAACAUCCCAUUCGAGGUGUUCCUUUUCAUUCGCAUCGGACAUAGGAGAAGGUCAUGGAAAUUUUGUAGCAUUUUUUGUCAAAAGAAGAGAAUAUGUGUUUCUUCCAGAUAGGUCAUCCUAUGAAUAUGGUUGAAAGCCCAUAUUUCAUCAUUUUCAAACCUAAUGAAACAUCCAGCAUUAUGGUCAUGAAAAAAGUUUGAAGCUGUACAGAGAAAGGGGGGAAUUCUUCUUAUUAUUAGUACAUAUUGUUUCUGGAUUUAGUGCUUUUGGUACUAAGGAAACCGAAAACUAGAUGCUAUAAGUAAUUUCCGGGCAACUUAAAGUUGUACUGCACCUUUCUCCACUUUUCCGUAGGAUAAUCAAAUAUAGAAGAUAUUUCAAUAAAAUCGUUAUUUGGCAUAGCCUUCUUUUAGGUGAGCCUUUCAGUUUCA